ACGUAAUACGUGAAACUCGUCCUGAUCGAAUGACGUGAUCUCUCGAUUUCGCCACCGUUGCGCUAUCGAUAACGCUUCUUCAGUGUUCUCUUCUCUACCGCUAAAAUUUUUCAAAUUAUGCCGAGCGGUUGCAUGUCAAAAAAUCUACAAGUCAUCAAAAUGGUUAUCGGAAUAGGAAACGGACAGGUUAUUAUCGAACAACACACACUCCGAACAAAGUGCAUAGAGGAACAUUUAGUAUGGAAAUGAAAAACACAAUGAUUGGACUGUGGACGUUGACGCAACGAAAUCUAUUCAAGCAUUAUGAAUAUGUAGUGAAAUUUUGAAUUGGAUACUGAAAAUUUAAAACCUACACCUUCCCGCGUAAAGUUAAAAAGCGUUUGCUGCCAUCUGUACGUUUGUCAACAUCUGACAACAGUUUAUCGGAUUGUAUCAAGAAAUUGAGGUUAUCCUAUUGAGUCAUCGUUUGAAAUGUUAACGAGAAACUAAAUAUAUUAAAAGCUUCGUUGACUAAAUGACUAUUGCGGUCUUAGAUAUUUAAAUAUUUUAAUAUUUCUCGUUAACAGUAGAGUAGUGGGUGUGCCGUUGCAUUUCGUUAUCUGUCAAAAUGAUAUCGAAAACCGAAGCUACUUUGGAACAUUUUUACAUAUUUAAUGGAACAUACGCCAAAAAAGAAGGGGAGGAAGAGAAGAAGAUACUUUACUAUCAUCAUCAUCCAGAAACGGAUUUGGAUGUUCAAAUUAAAAAUAUAGGGCUCAGCGAAGCAAUAAUUAAGUUUGCAGAAUCCUUCAAUCCUGGACAGCCCUGUGAUUAUUGUCACACGCAUAAAACUCGACAAAUAUAUUACCAACCAGAGCCAAACUUUUGGAUGGUAAUGAUUAUUGGUCUGCCAUAUGUGUGCAAAGAAAAAGAUGGAAAUAGAUAUAUAGAAUAUCAGCACGAUGAAGUGAACAGCAGUGUUUGCCAAGCUAUAUUAAAACAAGCAUAUGUUAUGUUUAGAUUGUUCAUGGGUUCCUUUGAGACAAUCAUUAACGAACCAGAAUGUGGCUCUAUAUUAUUAUUGAAACAUAAGCUAGAACACUUUUACUCUAGGUAUCUCAUGUCCUUAAAAAUACAUAACAGCGACAUUCUCGAUGUAUUCCAAGGUCUUCAAUUUUUACCUCUUGAUAAGAUAACGUUUUUACGGGUGCAAUGUUUUAUGAAUCUCGUAGAAGCUAUGUUUUCUCAAGUCAAGUAUACAGCAUUUCUCUACAAUGAUCAAGUUGUCUGGAGUGGCCUAGAACCUGAAGAUAUGCAAGUGGUUUAUAAUUAUUUGGUGGGAACACUUUUACAAGCUCAUCUUGAGAAAGAAUUGCAUGGUGGUUCAAUGCCUAGAAAUUCUCCUUCACCAUUUACUACUUCACACUAUGGAAAAUUCGUUACUGGUCCAUCUAAUAUCAAUGAACCAAAUUUGAUUGGAAAGUCUCCAACAGUGUUUAUAAAUUAUUCCACGAAGCCAAUCUCGUUGUAUUUAGUAGUUUAUAGGGCAUUGAGCGCAACGAUAUGUCUUUUUGUUGAUAGUAAAACUAGCUUGUUGAUAGAUUUCUUUAAAAGUCUCGACAGUUUUCUUGGUCCACAAUUAACUACUCUUGUUAGCUCAGUUGCGGAACAAUGUGCUAAACACGUAGUAGUCACACCAGAGUCUUGUACAAAGUACCUGUAUUUUAAUAAACUCAAUUUAGCCUAUAAAAGCACGAUACAUCUGGAUAAUAGGCGAUGUUCUAACGUACUCACAACACCUGAAGUAUUGAGGGUUAUCACUGAUAUAUACAAUGACACAAAUAAAUUGAAAGAAGCUGGUGAAAUUGUGAUAAAAACUAUGAGCGGUUAUUGGGUUGUAGGCAAAUUAUCUAACUUGAGGGAAUUCUUCGUAGUUAUUCAGCAAAAGAGUGCAAACUUUAUUGAGAUAGAAGGUAUGUACUCGAUACUUUACUCGUUUACCAAUGUACCGGAGCUUAAUAAAAUUGUAUAUCUUUCAGAGGAGGUGAAAAGACUGUGCGACAAACAACUGAAAAGUAUAUUUUUUCAUUAACGAUCGCAGUAUCGUAUAGCUCCGUAAAGUUUCACACGAUUGUUAAACCAUUUCAAUUGAUCGCAAACAAUACAUAUGUACAUAUAUAUAUAUUUAUAUAUUCCAACUUGUAUUACUGUAAUUAUAGAAAGUUACAUAAUUUAUACAUAAAAUUUACUGUAAGAUUAAAAUUCUGUACAUACGUAUUUAUAUAUAUUUUUAAUAUAUUCAGAAGUUGCUUGA